AUGAGCUCUGCCUCCAGUGAACCUGGCAAUGGGGAUGCCUCCCAAAAGCCCCCAUUGGGGCUGGACGUCGUGAUCCAGAGACUGGAGGACGCCAUACUGAGUCCCACGGCCAGCAGGGAAGACCGGGCACUGACCGUGCGUGGGGAAGGCCGGCGGGCCUCACCCACCCCCGUACCCGCCCGCAUCCGUGAGAUCGUGGCCGGCAGCCUGAGUGAGGAGCCACCCCAAGCAGGGGUACAGGAGCCGACAGCCACCAUGGCCCGAGUGCAAGAGGAGAACGAGCUCCUGCAGGAGGAGCUGACCCGGCUGGGGGACCUGCUGGCCCAGGCCAGUGCCGAGCGAGAUGAGCUGGCCAGCAGGUGCCGUGUGGUCAGUGAGCAGCUGCAGGCCCGGUUGGAGACCACCGAGGCUCAGCUGCGGAGGUCGGAGCUGGAGCACAGCGUGGAUCUGGAGGAGGCCCUUGGCCGUCUGGAGGUUGCCGAGGAGAGGAGCACUGGCCUCUGCCAGGUGAACGCGCUCCUGCGGGAGCAGCUGGAGCACAUGAAGAAGGCCAACGACGUGCUGGCCCGGGAGCUGGCUGGGACAACGGGCAGCAUGCAGCGCCUGCAGGGCGAGCUGGAGCUGAGGCGCUGGGCCCAGAGACAGACCCAACCAGGGGGCCUGGGGAAGCCCCGGGACCUCCUCCUCCUGUGGAGACAGGCCGUGGUGCUGGGGACAGACCUGGCGGAGCUGCGUGCAGCCACUGAGAGGGGCCUCGCCGACCUGCAGGCAGACACGGCCAAGACAGCCCGCCGCCUGCACACCGCCUGCCUGAACCUCGACUCCAACCUGCGACUGUCGGCCAGCAGCACGGCCAGCACCCUGGGGCAGCAGCUUCGGGACAAGGUUGGGGAGAUGCUGCAGCUGCAGGUCCGCUGGGACGCAGAGAAGGUGGCGCUCCAGGCCAGACUCUCGGAGCAAACGCUGCUGGUGGAGAAGCUCACAGAGCAGAAUGAGCAGAAGGCGAGGACCAUCGCCGCCCUCAGAACCGACCUGCAGAACCUGGUGGCCCAGGAGGACGCCCAGUGCCUGGAGCUGUCACGGAGCAGCAGCAUUGAACUGGGGGAGCCACGGCGCCCACUGAGGAGCCCCCAACGGCGCCCACUGAGGAGCCCCCAACGUGCCACAUCCCCCCAUCAAGGGGCGUCCCCACCACAUACCCGCUCCCCGACCACCCUGGACCCUGUACUGCAGGCCGUGAGGGCAGCCAUCGAGAGGCGGCGGCGGCGGGAACAGGAGCUGUGCCUGCAGCUGGAGUCCUCCCAGGCACUGGCAGCCGGGCUCCGGGAACAGCUGUCCGAGUGCCGGCAGGAGCUGUGGGCUGCACAGAAGCUCCAGCAGGAGCGGGCUCGGGAACAGGCACGGGAACGAGAGGCCCUUCGGGGCCAGCUGGAGGCCCAGAGGCUCGAGGUGCAGCAGUGCCGGGCGUCCUGCAAGCUCCUGGGGAGGGAGAAGGCUGCUCUGGAGAUGGCGGUGGAGGAGCUGAGAGAAAAGGCAGACGCUGCAGAUGUGGAGAAGCAGGGGCUGGAGGCAGAGGCCACGGAGCUACAGAGAAGCCUCCUGCUGCAGGCAGAGCGGAGGGAGAAGCUGGCUCUGCAGAGGGAGCGGAGCUGCAGGGCACUGGAGACCAGUCAAGGCCGCCUGCAGCAGCUGGAGGAGAAGGUCUCUGGCCUCAGAGAGGAGCUGGCAUCAGCCCGGGAGGCACUGAGCACAGCACAGCUGCAGCGGGAUGUCGUGGAGAGCGAGAGGGAGGGCUUGCGCAGCGCCCUGGCGCGGGCCGAGUGCAGCAAUGCGGACCUGGAGCUUCUUGUGAGGCGGCUGAAGUCAGAGGGAGUGGAGCAAAGGGACUCCCUGGCUGCAAUGGCCGCCUUGAUGGAGGCGCUGGCUCAGGACAAAAGUGACCUGAACCACCUGACCCUCCAGCUGGAGCAGGAGCAGGACCAGCUGCGGGAGCAGCAGAAGACUCUGGAGCAGGAGCAGGUCCAGGCCAGGGAGCAGCUGGCACAGGCGGAACAGCAGCUGGUGCUGGAGCGGGCAGAGCGCAGGGGCCUGCAGCAGGCCUGUGGACGCCUGGAGCAGCAGCAGGAGCAGCUAGAGGGGCAGGCAGCCCUGCUGGGGCGAGAGAAGGCCCAGCUCCAGGAGCAGGUGGGCCAGGUCACAUGCCAGAAACAGGCCCUGGAGGAGCAGCUGGCUCAGAGCCUGCAGGACCAGGAGGCCCAGAUGGACACUCUGCAGCAGUCCCUGCAAGACAAGGAUGCUCUGUCUGAGGAGCGGGCCCAGCUGCUGGCCAAGCAGGAGGCCUUGGAGAGGCAGGGCCGGCUUGCAGCUGAAGAGGCAGCUGAUCUCAGGGCGCAGAGGGACUCCCUAGAGAGCAGCCUCCUAGAGGCCCAACAGCUGGCCACGAAGCUGCAGGAGCAGCUGGAGGAGGAGGCCCGGAGCACAGGACUCGCUCGGCAAGCCUUACAAGUGGAAAUGGAGCAGCUACAAAGUGACUGGGAGGUCCAGGAGAUGAAGCUGCGGCAGGAUGUGGGGCGGCUCCAGCGACAGGUGGCACAGCAGGAGCGGGAGGCACAGCGGGCCCUGGAGAGCCAGGCAUCAGCUCACCGUGAGGCCCUGGCACAGCUCCAGAGGGAGAAGGAGACCCUGAGCCUGUCCCUGGCAGAGGAGAAGGAGGCAGCCAGAUGCCAGCUGGAGCAGGAGAAGGAGCUGGUGACAAAAAGUGCAGCUGAGAGGGAGGCUCUGAAGGGGGAAAUUCAGAGCCUGAAGCAGGAGCGGGACGAGCGCCUUCUCCAACUGGAGCACAAGAUGCAACAGGCCCUGUCCCUGAAAGAAGCAGAGUGGAGCCUUCUGAGCGAGGAGCUCUCCAGGGCCAGGAGGGUGCUGGAGCGGGUACAGCAGGAGGCACAGAGCCAGCAGGAGCAAGCGCAGGCCACCAUUAGCUCCACAACUGAGGAGCUGAAGGCCCUCCAGGCCCAGUUUGAGGAUGCCAUCACGGCCCAUCGGAGGGAGACCACGGCUCUACGCGAGAGCCUCCGGGACCUAGCGGCCGAGCGGGGCGAUGUGGAGAGAGAGGCUGAAAGACUGCGGGCACAGCUGACCAUGGCCCAGGAGGGACUGGCUGCACUGCGCCAGGAGCUGCAGAGCAUCGAGGAGAGCCGGGAGGGGCUGCGCAGGGAGGCCCAGGAGGCCCGCCAGGCACUGAGCGCCGAGGCCCGCGAGAAGGACGUACUGUUGCUUUUCAACAGCGAGCUGCGAGCCACCAUCUGCAGGGCUGAGCAGGAGAAGGCCAGUUUUAAGCGGUCCAAGGAGGAGAAGGAGCAGAAGCUGCUCGUCCUGGAGGAGGCCCGGGCAGCGUUGCAGCAGGAGGCCAGUGCACUGCGGGCCCGACUGCGGGAGCUGGAGCAGGAGCGGGCGGACGCCCGUCAGGAGCUCCAGGAGCUCCACAGACAGGUGAGGACGCUAAAGGCUGAGAACCAGAGGAGGAGUGGAGAGGCCCAUGAGCUGCAGGUGCAAUGCUUGCAGGAGGUGCUGGAGCUGCGGAGGCAGGCAGCCAAGGCGGAGGCCAAGCGCGAGGGUGCCUGGAAGGAGGUCCUGGGGCUGCAGAGGAAGUUGGCAGAGGUGGAGGCCGCAGGGGAGGCCCAUGGACAGCGGCUCCAGGAGCACCUCCAUGAGAGCCGGGGGGCUGAGCAGACCCUCCGUGCAGAGCUGCAUAGUGUCACCAGGAAGCUGCAGGAAGCCAGCGGUGUGGCUGAUGCUCUCCAGGCUCGCCUGGACCAGGCCUGUCACCGAAUCCACAGCCUGGAGCAGGAACUGGCCCAGGCUGAGGGUGCAAGGCGGGACGCGGAGGCCCAGCUGGGCCGGCUGUGCUCCACACUCCGCCGGGGCCUGGGGCUCUGGAGACAGAGCCCAUGGGUCUCCCCGGAGCAGCCUGGUUCCACCACCAAAGGCUCCGACAGCUCCCAGGCUCUCCCUGGGCACCAGGGUGCCAGCCCCCCAGCUAGGCCCCACUCGCCCCUCCGAUGGCCCUCGCCUACACCCGGAGGCCGCAGCUCAGAGCUUGUGGAUGUGGCCACUGUGCAGGACGUCCUGCGGGACUUUGUGCAGAAGCUCCGGGAAGCCCAGCGGGAGCGGGACGACUCCCGUGUCCAGAUGGCAACCCUGAGCAGCCGGCUGAGCGAGGCAGAGUGCAGGUGUGCCCGGGCCCAGAGCCGUGUGGGGCAGCUGCAGAAAGCCCUGGCUGACGUGGAAGAAGCCCGGCGCCGGGUGGAGGGUGCUCUGAGUAGCACCCGGGCAGCGCGUGCCCUGCAGAAGGAGGCGCUCCGCAGGCUGGAGAUGGAGCACCUGGCGAGCAUGCGUGCAGCAGGCCAGGAGAAGCGGCGGCUGCAGGAGCAACUGGACACGCUGCACCAGGCCCUUGAUGAGAGCAGGAGGCACAAUCAAGACCUGGCCAAGAAGGGGAAGCUGCUGGAGGAGCAGCUCACCAACUUGGAGCACAGGUGCCAGGAGGCUGAGGGAUCGCUGGAACCCCUGCGACAGACGGAGCAAGAGACACUGAAGAGGGAGGAGGAUGUGGUGAGGCUGGGGGCUGAGAAGGAGCAGCUGGACCAGUCUCUGAACAGCCUGCACAAGGAGGUGGACGGAGUCCUGAGGCAAAAGCAGCAGCUGCAGGCCCAGAUGGCGGAGAUGGAGCAGGCCCACACCCAGCAGCUCUGGGACCUGGCAGCCCAGCACCAGCGGGACCUGGCCACAGAGGCAGAGCGUCUGCACAGGGCCCAGUCACAGGCCACGCAGGCCCUGGAGUCCCAAGAAUGGACCCACCAGCAGCGGGUGAAGAUGCUGGAAGAGCAGGUGGCCGGCCUGAAGGAGCAAUUGGACCAGGAAGUGCAGCAGCGGCAACAGGCCCACCUCGACCAGGCCUUCCAGACAGGACACUCUGUAAACACGGGAAAACACGUGGAAAACAUUUCCACCAAGUGGAGCCAAAAACAUAAUGUCCUGUAAGGCCAGCCACCACAUCCCCACGCCCAGCGGCUGCGAGCCUCCGCAUCCAGGAACUGUGGCCGUCACGGUGGCAGGUGGCUGGAAGUGACUCAGAUUCAAGUCCCCGUGACUCACUGGCCGCCAGAAGCAGGGGAGUGUAACACUUAA